AUGGUGGAGAACAGCGAACCCGACGUGAAGUUUGUAAACAAGUACUGUCAAAGUUCGUCCUCUUCGUCUUCAGCGUCCUCCUCCUCCUCUUCCUCUUCAUCAGCGCGAGAGAUGAAGAUUUUGGCCACGCUGCGUGGCAGCCUGAGUCGGAAGUACCCGCAGAAGAACGGCGAGGUGCUGAGCGCGCAGUAUGGCAUCAAUCUGCUGCUUGUGGGCCUCGCGCUCAUGCUCGCGCUCGCCUACCAGGGACCUACCGUGACCGAGGAGACGGUGCUGGCCUUCCUCUCCACGCUCAUGCUCAUGCAGCUGCUGUGGAUGAUCUGCUAUGUGGCACGCCUGGAGCGCAAGCACAAUGCGCCACCGGAGAGAGACGCAGAUGCAGCCACCAUCUGGAUCCGAGGUGGUUUGACUCUGCUUGCUCUGCUCUCACUCAUCACAGAUGCUUUCCGUGUCGGGAACUUUGUCGGUUAUCACAAGUGUGUGUCUCCCGUGCUUGGCGUCUACCCGGUCGUACACGCAUUUCACACGGUGUCACAGGUUCAUUUUCUCUGGUGUCAUGUUAAAGAUGUCAUCAAGCGUUACGAAACGUUUGAGAGGUUUGGCGUGAUUCAUGCUGUAUUCACUAACCUGCUGGUUUGGAGUAACGGAGUGAUGACUGAAGCUGAACAUGCUCUCAAUGACCACAAGAGACGAUUAUCAGCAAUUGGAUACUUCAACUUUACUGUCUGGGAGGACGAUAAGCAUGACUGUAACUGUACGACCAGUGCGUGUUCGAUGUUCAGCGGCAGUCUAUACUAUCUCUGUCCUUUCAACAUUGAGUACCACAUCUUAGUCUCUGUGCUGCUCUUUGUCAUGUGGAAAAACGUUGGACGCACUAUCGACCAACGCACCAACCAGAAGCCCGCAUCAUCCUCACCAGUGCUAAAAGGCUCAGGAGACAGACCUUUUCUACUGCUCGGACCAGCCCUCGGGCUCUUGGCACUUGCCAGUGCCAUCACAGUGCUUGUCAUCUACAUCAUCCAUGUGGAAGAGUCGCUCGAAGCCCGCCAUGCAGCCAUCUCCAUGUUUUACUGGUUUGAAAUAGUCAUUUUGGCAUGCAUGAGUGUCGCUGGUGCUGUCGGAUUGGUCAUCUACCGCCUCGAGGAUUGGCCCAUGGACACGGCGCCGAAUCCAGCCAGGACGCUCGAUUCCAAACUGCUGCUCGGCUCUUCCAUCGGUUCCUGGCUCGUCUGCUGGUGCAGUGUCAUUGCAGUGGGCGGGGCCACAAAUUCACCAAACUACCGAUGGACCAAUUUAGGAUUUGCAAUCCUUUUAGUUUUGGAGAAGUGCGUGCAAAAUCUGUUUAUUGUUGAGUCGCUUUACAGGAGACGACGUGAGCCUGAAGAGCGGCCUGCCCUUUGCACCACCCCUAGCUCCAUCCUAAGCCCUAGCCAAGGAAAUGAGAAAAUCUUUGCUGUGUAUGAUGGAAUCAUUAACCAAGCAUACGAGUCACCAGAUAAACAAUGUGAGAAUGAAAAGCAAACUUGCAGCAGGAGCAACGGGAACGUGUCACACUCUCUUGAACACGGAAUGCCAGAGACACCCAACAGACAGAGGCAGGUCCUGAAAAACAUCGCCAUCUUCCUGUUUAUGUGCAACAUUUCGCUCUGGAUCCUACCUGCAUUUGGAUGCCGGCCACAGUUUGAUAAUGGUUUGGAGGAAGCAUCAUUUGGAUUCCCCAUCUGGAGCACGGUGCUGAAUUUCGCCCUUCCCAUGAGCCUUUUCUACCGUAUGCACUCUGUUGCCAUUCUCUUCGAAGUCUUCCGGAAAAUUUAG